AUGGAGCAUUCACAGUUUAUUGAUAAGAAUAUUGAACUUCUUGAAAGUGGAGAGUUAUUAACAGAGAAGGAAGUAUCUGUAUUCGAAAAAAUAAAGGCCGCGGGCUCUUGUUUUGACCCACAAGUUAUUUGUCGUGUUGCCGGUGGCUGGGUAAGAGAUAAAUUGCUUGGUAAGCAAUCAGAUGACAUAGAUAUCUGCAUUGAAGGCUGUACAUCUGAUGAUUUCGGUCAAAAAUUAUCACAACAAUUUCCAGAAAAUACAACAAAGAUAAUUGUCAUGCAAGAGAAUCCAAAACAGUCUAAAUUCAUGAAAACUGUAAGAGUUUGUAUAUUUGGCGAUACAUGGAUUGAUGUUUGUAACUUAAGAGGAGAAGAAACAGAAACAUCUCCACUUACAGAUGCCAAACAUCGCGAUUUAUCUAUAAAUGCCUUAUUCUACAAUAUAACAUAUUCAAAAGUUGAAGAUUUGGUUGGAGGAAUUCCAGAUCUUAAAAAUCAAAUAAUAAGAACACCAAUCGACCCAGAUUUAACAUUUACAGAAGAUCCAUUAAGAAUUAUUCGUGCUAUACGCUUUUAUGUUCGCUUAGGAUACAAGAUUCAUGAAAGUAUUUACGAAGCCGCAAAAUUACAUGUUACUGACUUCGAAGAGAAGAUUACAAAGGAAAGAGUUGUUGCAGAAACAAUUAAAAUUAUUGAAAUGGGCGGAUUAUCUACAUUCCUUGACUAUGUAAUUAAAAUUGGAUUUUUUGAUGCAAUUUUCGAUCCAUACCACCUUUAUUCUUUGAAUCCUUUGCAAGCACAAGAGAGAUUGAAUACAGUAAUGGCUCGUUCUCCCCCAGAUUUGCAUAUUCCAAUUCAAUUAGGCGCAAUCUUUUAUCCUAUCCAUGAUUGCGAGCCAAGACCUGAUCCAGAGCAUCCAAGAAGGAACCAACCUGCAAUGGAAUGGGCAAUUUGUCGAGCAAUGCGAAUGCCAGUGAAAUAUGCAGAAGAUGCAAACAAAUUAGUGCAAGGAGCUUUGACAGCCAACACUAUUGAACUCACUAGAAAGACUGUAGGCCACUGGGUAAGGAAAAUUGGCUCAAUUUGGCCUUUUGUCAAAUAUCUUAUUUUUGAUCAGUCAGAAUUCGAUAAAUGCGAAAACAAUCUUUUCAAAUUCAUCACAGAACAAGAUCUAACUACUUGUUAUGACAUGAAAUGCCUUAUUAACGGAAAAGAUCUGGCAAAACUUUUGGGAAUUAAACCGGGAAAGGGUUUCCAGGUACAUGUUGAUGAAUUGAUUGAUUGGCAACUCGAAAAUCCUAAUGGAACAAAAGAUGAUUAUGAAAAUUAUAUUAAAAAUAAAAAAUAG